GGAAAACAGAUGUAAUCCGAGAGGCUGGAAAUCGAGAGGGAGUCACGCGACUCGCGUGACGACGAGAUAUUCGAAUCUUCGCGAACUCGUGGAAAACCGUUAUAGUUUUUUUUCGCGGACGAAUUGAAGAGUCACGAUCGAUGACAUCACUUUGACACUGAUAUAAAUGCACGCGGUACUCUUCGACAGGACGAACUUGCUGUGAGAAUCCCGUAUCGGUUGUUCGAUAUGCUCUCUCACGGUUUACUCAUCAAUACCGGGAACAUACUGUCCCUGAGCGAGGCGAAGCAAAAAGCAAGUCAGAAUUCAACAGAUGAGUUGAUCGAAACGCUGAAGAUCAUCCUGAACGAUGACCAAAGCAAGAGAGAUGAUACGACAGUUAUCAAUGGAAAAAAGGACACGAGUUUACAGGAUGUGGAUAGAAAAGACUUGAAGAUCACUGUGAAGGUAUUUAUCUCAUCACCUGAUGUUGGUUCAUUAAAGGAGGCAUUGGAUCAAGCAUUUGAAGCACUGCAUACAGAUACCAUAGAAACUUUAGUGAUAGCUUAUAAAAGCACUGAGAAUCCGGAAGAUAUGUUGUCAUCUUUGAAAAAGAUAUGGUCUGUGAUAGAAGAAUAUGUAAAGAUUGAUAAAUUAUCCAGUGUUGGAUUGAGCGAUAUUAACACAAAUACGUUCAUUGAAUUAUUUCAGUGGGCCAAUGUGAAGCCAAAUAUCGUACAAAUCAACUUAGCUACAUGUUGUGUGGUACCACCAGCCUUGCAGGAAUUUACCAAGGAAAACGAUAUUCAGUUGCUAACGCACAGUGACCCUUGUCAAAUUCUUCCUCAAGAAGUGUUGGAAAAUAUAUUUGGUACCACUGCCUAUUUACAUUGGCUUAUAAGAUAUCAAAUUCACUUCAAAUGCCGUGGAAUUUUAGCAUCGAAAGGAUACUUGUUGUGCAUUAAUAAAUCAUGUAAAUGUAAACCUUAACGUUACUAAUCUACUACAUUUAUUUCUAUUUCUUGCUGGGUUCAAGGAUUUAACAUUUUAUAUAGUAGUUUCAUAUUUUGUAUUAACACACACGAUGUGAUAUUUCGAACAAAAAACUACGCUGUUAACUUUUGUGAUCGUUAGCAUUUUAUGAACAUUGUAUAUAUUAUUAAUAUCAUUAUCAUCAUUAUCAUCAUCAUCAUCAUCAUUAUCAUCAUCAUUAUAAUCAUUAUACACGAGCUUCGUAGAACUGUGUUGCGCCUUAUUCUUAUCUCUUAUUGAUUAGAUCUUGCAAAUUUUGUAUUAAUUUUAUAUAAAUUUUUCACACGACAUAUGUAGAUUUGUGCAUUUUUUUCUUAACGAGUAUUCUAUCAAGUAUUCUUUGUUGCUUCAUGACUUUUCAUUGUGAACCAUUUAGGAAAUAAAUCGUAGCAAUUUUACGAAGAAUGAAAAA